AUGACCAAAUCGCGAGUACCACCGGAAAAGCGUGUCAGAGUUGCACAAGCUUGCGCGAGGUGCAAGCGGCGCAAAGAAAAGUGCGACGGGCAGACACCAUGUCGGAAUUGUAUCAAAUCCGGCGUUCUAUGCAUGACGACAACGCAGGCACAGCUUAGUGGUGCCGUGGGCGAUAUCAGGACCUCUGAACCGCCUGCAAAGAAGCAGAGGACUUUGAGCUCGAGUAUUGACCGAGAUCCUUUUUCCGAGUUGCUACGGGACAAUAUCUCUUACAGCAACUUUGAGCUUCCGGAAGAUGUGAAAAUGUCACCGGGCCUGCCAUCCCCGAUAUCGCCUGUCUCUGAUGGGCGAAGUACAUAUGGUAGUCCUCAAAGUUCGAGCUCGAAGAGCACGCCAGUGAGGAAAACACCUCAGAAAACAUGUCCGCAUGCACGAACUACUACAGAGCAGAUGGCAAAUUGUCUACGAGGUAUUCUUCUUGAAAGAGAGGGGACCCAACCAGUUGGCAUACGCGCAUGUUGCAAGAAAAGCGGAUCUGGCAAUCACGCUGACCGUCUGGAAGGCCGGAUGCCAACAUACGAGGAGAUGACGAUACUUCUCUCUAUAUUUCGAACACACGCCUUUUCUAUAAUCGACCCAGCUCUCGAUAGUCACUUUGUAAACCUUGUUAAAACACCUUCAUUUAUGAGCCAUCCGGUGAAUAGGCAUUGCCUUUCAGAAUUAAUACUAGCAAUCUCGUACCAAUGCGUCGCGACCUCGACUAAAUCGAUACAACGAAAACUUUCGUCGAUAACACCGGAAGCAGCUUAUGGAAGAGCGUCAGCCCAUUUCAAAACAGCCCAAGUUAGCUUUGAUAUGGCCGGGGCGGUGGAAAAUCCUGAUGUAUCCUCAGUAGAGGUACUAUUACUUAUGGGGUUAUAUAAAUUUCUGGACGGUGGUGAAGCCGCUGCGUCGAGCUUAAUUGGAAUGGCAAUAUCUAUGGCGCAAACUCUUGGCCUCAACGAGCCCUCCUAUACCUCUGAUGUCGCCUCCCCGGAAAUAAACGCUGGAAUCUGGAAUUCUCUUUACAACUUUGACCGUAUUUUAUCACUCACAGCUUCUCGAACUUGCAACUUACCGCAUGACGCCGUGCCUUUGUCGCCCACUUCACCGAGCUCGGAUAUUUCUUUUAUCUUAGGGAAAAUAAUACAAGCGACCCGUAGCCCAUCCGCGACCCCGGAGCUACUACAACCACUUUCAAAUGAGUUAAAAACAUUUAUAACUGCCUUACCCGCAACUCUAAGAUGGAGUACGAUCUUGUCUACUACUUUACCGCAACCAGAUCUCAUAAGAUCGUUACACAUCAACGCCUUAUACUUCUGCGCUAUCUUUCGUCUUACAAAAACCUCACUCUUAUCAACAUUGUCCCGCAGCACCAACAAAUCACCCAUUUUUGCUGACCUCUCAAAUUUUAAUCUUCUGACACAAGGCGGCUUGAACUACGAUAACCUAACAGCGACCCAUGAAAGCCGAUGGUCCGAAGCCGGUAUAUACUCCGCCCAAACAAGUCUCAGAAUCUUUGAAAAAGCCAAACAAAACGGCAUCACGCUUCAUGGAUCACCCUUAUUCGAAACCUGGCUCACACUAUCUUUUCUCGUUUGCAUCCUCGGAAUCUUCGCAUUUCCUUCGGCUUCAACUGCAAACAUGAUCAACUCACCCGGUGGCCCUAACGGAUCUAAGUCACCUGCAUCUCAAGACAUUGAAUCUCGACUAUCACAAUUAGCCCACAUGUACCAAGGUCUCAUUUCAACAGCAAAGAUGAGCCCUAGACUAUGUAGUCUUUCAACUUUCAUUAAUGAUUUGAGAGGAUAUCUAUCCCGAAAGACAGAAGAUGCUACCUGUGGGAAAGAUAGCUUCGAAGCUUUGUUCGGAAGCUUGGGAGAUAUGGGACCAUUGGGAUCAAUCAUGUCAACCAGCAUGUUAGAUGGUGAAUCAAACGUCAUUGGUGAUGUCGAAAGCGCUAUUGAGGGGGUCCUAUUGGCUUCUAAUAACCAAAGAAUAGACGCUACUGGCGGACCAAUGGAUAUGGAUCUGGGAAACGAAGAUCCCUUGGGAGGAGUUCUUCUACCUGAAACACCAGUUUCUUUAACGGCCGAUACUACCGCAGAAGGAAAAGAUGAUCUAUUAGCGGUUGAUCUAACGGGUACCACUAUUGAGCGAAAACUCGGAAGUGAUGUCGACGAUCUCUGGCAAAAGAUAUUUGAGGAUUUAGACCCGGAAGAUAUUGAACCUGAAGGGAUGAACAAAAGCAUGGAACCUGAAGGAAUGGGAUUCUGUAUCGACGGGGUGGAGGAUAUGACCGCUUUGGAAAGGUUGAUUAGAAAGAGCGAGGUCUUUGUAUAG